AUGUCUGGCCAUGCAGAUGAGAGCGAUGGGCUCGAUGAUACCGUGUCCGGGUUACCAAGCACCAUCAUACCCAGCUCGUACGACUACGGCCAUCUCAGUCGCGGAACCCCGAUCAUGGACUCCGAGGCUCUAGACAGACGGAGACGAUCCUCUUCCUUCUCAGCACGCUUUCGACAAGUCGGCGGUCCAAAUAGCAUCGACAACUUCGCACGGUCAUGGCAAAGAGCCGCCUGUUUUCCCGAGGUGCUACCACGGCGGUCAUCCUUUGUAUCCGUAGAUCCAGAUGACGAGUUUGCCGUUGCAACAGGGCUGGCAGCCGGUUUCAGAAGCGAGCAAUCUCUCGGUCACCCAUUGUUUGAUGCUGAACGGCCUCUACUCCGCGGUGAUUCCGACGGUGAUGAAAGCGAUCAAGAAAGUCUGCACCCAGAGCCAUCCAAAAAGGCCAUCCCCAGCACUGGGCUUCUUGCAUCAUCGCUAGAGAGGAGCUUUACAACUUCCUAUGGCACGAUCUCCUCGCGUGCCAGUGAGUCUGCUCGAAGGAAUGCAAUCCAGUUCCACCGUGAACAGCAGACCCAUCCAGAUGGCCCGGUGUAUCCAGAGCAGCAGCCGCUGCUCGUGAAGCAUAUCCAGCAUGAAGAUGGCACCUACGAAGAUGUCAUUGUCGGUCAAUCGACCGUGCCCCAGACCAUAUUCAAUUCCGUCAAUGUGUUGAUCGGAGUCGGCCUGUUGAGUCUCCCACUGGCGAUGAAGCAGGCUGGGUGGCUUCUGGGGCUCCUUUUUCUGGUUUACUCAGCAGUGACAACUUCAUAUACAGCAAAGAUUCUGGCGAAAUGCCUCGAUGUCGAUCGUAGCCUCGUUACCUAUGCCGAUCUAGCCUAUAUCAGCUUUGGGCACCAUGCUCGCCUUGUGACGAGCAUUUUAUUCUGCUUGGAACUCCUUGGGGCCUGUGUAGCCCUUGUGGUUCUCUUUGCAGACAGCUUGCAUGCUCUGGUCCCAGCCUUGAGCAUUUUACGGUGGAAGAUUGUCUGUGGAGUUGUGCUCAUUCCGCUGAACUUCCUUCCACUGCGGUUUUUGAGUGUGACCAGCAUCCUGGGUAUCAUCUCUUGCACAUCAAUUGUGGUUCUCAUCUGUGUUGAUGGCUUGAUCAAACCCAAUGCGCCAGGCUCUCUCCGCCAGCCUGCCACGACAACUCUGUUUCCUGAGAAUUGGGCUACCCUUCCAUUGAGUUUUGGUCUCAUCAUGUCACCCUGGGGUGGCCAUGGGGUCUUUCCCAAUAUCUAUCGAGACAUGCGGCACCCACACAAGUAUGGCAAAAGCCUGUGGACCACCUAUUUAUUUACAUUUUCUCUUGACUGCUCCAUGGCCAUCAUAGGUUGGGUCAUGUUCGGUGAUCUCGUUCGUGACGAAAUCACGGCAAACAUCCUCACCGUCACCGAAUACCCCAAAGCGCUAUCCGUCUGCAUUAUCAUAUUCAUUUCGAUCAUCCCAAUUACAAAAGUGCCGCUGAAUGCCCGACCUCUCGUCGCGACAUUCGAAGUCCUCUUCGGACUUGGUGCUACAGAGAUAGCAUCAAGCGAAACCCUUUCGCGAAGAGAGAGAAUCCUUCAAUUCUUGCGAGCCUGUGUCAGGGUCUUUGUUGUGGUGCUCAUCGUAUCUCUGGCCGUGGUUUUCCCGUCCUUUGACAGAAUCAUGGCUUUUCUGGGGUCGUUUCUGUGCUUCACCAUUUGCAUCAUCUUUCCACUCGCAUUCUACCUCAAGAUCUUUGGGAAGGAGAUCAGCCGAGGUGAACGCAUUUUGGACUGGGUGCUUCUCGUCACGUCUUCGAUCCUGGCAGCCGUGGGGACUGUGUGGGCGUUCUUGCCAAAGGACAUGAUGACUGCCGACUAUCUCCGUCCUGCUGUGUCACGGAUAUUUACAAUGGUUCUAGAGCCAUCGAUGAUUCCCUCAUCGCUCUAG